AGCUAAAUGAAAGCAAACAUUCAGAUGGCACUGCAAAUGCGCAAACUAAGCUUGCAUUAGGGCAUUUCAGUGGUUAGUGCUCACUUGCGAGAUUCAUCCUGCUGUGGUCCACGCCUGUCUGAAAAUGAAUAGGGCAGGAGAGUCCAACAUGCACAAAGAUUGCCCUCUGGACUGCAAGGUGUACGUGGGGAACCUGGGGAACAAUGCCAAUAAGACAGAGCUGGAAAGGGCCUUUGGCCACUAUGGUCCACUCCGCAAUGUCUGGGUGGCAAGGAGCCCACCAGGCUUUGCCUUCGUGGAAUUUGAAGACCCCAGAGAUGCAACAGACGCUGUGAGGGAACGUGAUGGAAGGAAUCUGUGCGGCUGUCGGGUGCGAGUGGAGCUGUCCAACGGUGAGAAGCGCUCCCACACCAGGCCUCCGCCACUGCCUGAAACUCGCCGCCCACGCGAUGACUACCGUCGCCGAAGCCCGCCAGCCCGGCGCAGAUCCCCUAGGAGAAGGAGCUUCAGCAGGAGUCGUAGCAGGUCCCCCUCCAGAGAUCAUAGGAGGGAGAGGUCUCGGUCACGGGACAGGAACAACAAAUCAUCUAGAUCUCACUCUGGAUCAUACAGCCGCUCCAAGUCUAAUGACAGAAAGUGAAGAACAUGCUGUGAAGCAAAAGAAGAACAUUUCGCCAGUCAGACUUUAUGGCAAUGAGGAAAACGGUCACCCAUCAAUGGAUAUUAACCGCCCCAGAGUCUCUUUUUGUCUUUUUUAAUGCAUCAAUUUUAGCUUUUUUCUUUUAGGUUUUUGUUGUUGUUGUUGUUGUUGCUGCAGUGUGCAUUUUGUGUAUAGGUACCUGAUAUCUUCUGUGAUUUUUGUAAAUAGUUGUUGUAUUCAGGUGUAAUGCUCUAUUGUUAAGUCCACCAUUAUUUCUUGGUAACAUUACACUGCUUCUGUCUCAUGAUGGACUUUUUUUGUCUUUUUAUAAUGGUAGUCUGAAUGUAAAGAUCACAAAUUGUAACUGUAGUCUGUGUUUUCCAAAUGUGUGGGUUUUUUUUCUCUUCCAAGUGUAUGCUAGGGCUUCACAAGGGAGAUGAAUGAUUGGAUGAACUGAAUAUGAAAUGGUUUCUUUUAAAAACCCAUGGAAGUGUUUCCCCAUAUUUGUACCAUUGUUAUCAAAAUAGGUUACAGGUGUCUGGUUUCACUAAGGUAAUUGCCUUGUCUUUAAAAUGCUACAGAAACUGUGCUACCUCAAACACUCUUUGAAUUUCUGUGAAAUUGUAAUAUAAAAUGGACAAUAAAAUGGACAAAAUAUUCA